UAUAAAAACACUUGUAUGUAUAUUUAUUAAUGAUUAUAGAGUGUGAUGUGACGUAAUAGCAUAGCCUAUACAAAUCUAUUAUUAAUAUGUUGAGUAAGUAAAGUAGCUAUUAAAAUACAGUUAUUUAACUAUUUUGGUUCACAAACUGAUUUCUGCACACAUUAAGAUUGGACCGCCCCUAUCACUCAAAGUAUAAAUGUCGGGGGUUAGGGUGUUAAUGCAAUCACCUCUUCUCCACCCCACCUCCCCAACCCCAAGAUUCGCCACUGGUGCUGAUACAGUUUUGGAUCACUGACAUCACAGAAUCUGGUUACGCUACUCUGCCUCAACGCAAGAGGGAGCGAUUAGGUUAAAAAAGUAUUCAAACAAGACUCCGCUAAGGGAGUGUGAAAGCUUUACAUGUUUGUUUAGGAGCUUCCACGAUAUUGUCGAUUAUCCAAUUAUCAAUUAUUAGCCCUGCACGGUUAGCUUGGUAAACUAUAGGUAAACGUUGGGGGUUCCCCUUGUGCUCGGUCUUGGAUCUAGUCCGUAAGUUCAGAGUAACUGACUGUAAAUAGAUGUUCUAACUAUGGACAUUGACUUGGACCUCUACAAGACAGAGCGAUGUUAAUAUGCUGACAAGACUAGUGUUCCAAGAGCAAAGUGAGGGCAUCUUGGACACAGGAAGGCUGUAGUAACUAGCCUCCCUCAGGUGUCUGCCUAUUGCCUAUUGGCAUUGACUGCCUAUUUGCUAUUGCUACUGCCUACAUUGAUCUACUCAACUAUUUGCUUGGACCAUCUGCCUAUUUAUUCGGCGUUGUUUGACGGCCACUCAAUCGUUUAUGUACUUAGUGCUAUUCAGCACUGCACAACUGCCUGUGUACUUAGUGCUAUUCAGCACUGCACAACUGCCUGUGUACUUAGUGCUAUUCAGCACUGCACAACUGCCUGUGUACUUAGUGCUAUUCAGCACUGCACAACUGCCUGUGUACUUAGUGCUAUUCAGCACUGCACAACUGCCUGUGUACUUAGUGCUAUUCAGCACUGCACAACUGCCUGUGUACUUAGUGCUAUUCAGCACUGCACAACUGCCUGUGUACUUAGUGCUAUUCAGCACUGCACAACUGCCUGUGUACUUAGUGCUAUUCAGCACUGCACAACUGCCUGUGUACUUAGUGCUAUAUAGCACUGCGAUCUACUACUUGGCGCUAUCGGCUCUACUUGCCUAAAGUUCUACGUAUUGGCUUCUGAAGUCUUUGCACUUAAGAUCAUGGAAAAAGAAAAAGAACACAAAUCUAAGAUCUACAUAAAUAUUGAUGAUGUAAAGGACAUUUUAGACGAAAAGGACGUAAACAGCACUGGGGUUUACAUAUUAGACAUAAGAGAAGGUUUGAUUCAAAAGAAGCUAGUAUCACCAGAUCUUCAACUUGUGGAUUUGAGGGAAUUUCUUGUAGCAGCAUGUAAGAAAGACACAUUGGAGGUAGUCGCGAAUGAUGACAUCCCACAAAUUUGUUGUCACCCUCCAGAAGGAAUCGAGAUAAAGAAGCAGGAGAAAAGGAAAAGAAGGAGAAGAACCACCUCAGUAAACGUUAUAUUGGUAAAGAAAAGGAAACGGUCAACUUCCGCAAGUGUCGCACGGACAAAGUCUAGAAGGUCGAAAAGAGAUGUUGUGAAAACAAACAGCAAAAACGGGAUCACAUUAUCCCAACUUUCCAACAUGAUGGCAAAGACUUUACUUGAGCACAUGGAAGCAAUUAGUAAUUAUAGUCACAAAACGGAAAACCUAAAGGUUGAACAAGAAAAAAUAGUUUUAUCAAGUACUGAUCAUUGUUCUUUAGCAAACUUCAAGGUGUACAGUACUAAAGGAGAUGGUAGAUGUUUUUUUCGAAGCAUUUCUAUUGGAUUGUUACCUGAACUACAGCUGGAAAGAGAAGAUGGAACAUUAAAAGAUCAGAAAGUCAUGCUUUUAGAAACUUGCAAAGCUGACUCGCUACGCAGUGAGGUCGUUGGACACUGCUUAAAAAAUUAUGAAAACUUUGAGAAAGAAUUAGUUGGUGAGGCACUUUCCGCCGACAUGCCAGAAAAUAUGCAAUUUAAAUCUCUUUUUGAUAGACUUGAAGCGGUAGCUAGGACCUCAUUCAUGAUAGGUGAGUUUGAAAUAAAAGUCACAGCUUAAGUGAUUAAACGUUGUAUAAAAGUAGUAGACAAGAGAUCAAAAAAUAUAGUUUCAUACGGGGAAAAUUUUACAGAUCAGAUCCCUAUACACGUUUUAUAUACGAGCUUAGGUCCAUUCUCAGGACAUUAUGAAGGUAUUUCGCCAAUCAAAUUGGACUCUUAAUUAAAUACUUUCACACACGCACUAGAUUUGCUGGUGCGUAAGAAUACUGACGUGCAAUACUGAGGCCAUGUAGAUUCUGUUUCUGGACGUUUCUAAUUUCCAUUUGUACCUUUUAGCAAUUGAAGAAGAUAUAUAGCUUUCACUGCUCCCCGUAUCUACGAUAGCCUUCAAUGGUACUCCAUUGACGAGUAUUGAAAUAGUAGAUUUAGUAAGACCGGACGCUGGUGUCGAUGCCCAGGAAGAUCCAACGGUUGUAGUCCGAGACGUCUCAUCAUCUGCUUUCACUAUGGCUGAGGUUAUAGAUUUGAGUGUCUGUCUGGUCGAUCUACAGACUUUCUGGAAAUGGCCCCUCUUACCGCACAGGUUGCAUGUAGCGUCACGGGCCGGACAUCUAAAGCAUUGAUGUGGGCUGUUUCCACAAAAGAAACAUCUUUUACUAGUCGCCGCACUCACCUCGUGUUCUACUUUUGUCGUUGGAGAAAGGCUCUCCUCGUCGGCGCUAGCUCCACAGGGAGUUUCAGAGUGGAUGUUAUACGCCAUGGCAUGGUUAUGGGCAUAUUCAUGUUGUCUUGCCUCUUCAUAGGCGCACUGUAGAGUUAGAGUAGAUUUCUCUAAGAGUCGCAGCCUUAUGCUGUUUGAAGCCAGUCCAGUAAUGAAGGCGUCUCUUACGAAGAUAUCUCUGUGUUCUUCAGCGGUGACAGCUUUGAAGUCACAGUCUUUGGCCAUACUUUUAAGCUUAAGUAGGAAGGAGUCAACGGUUUGUCCGUUCUCUUGUCGACAAAGAGUUAUCAUGUGCCGUGCAAAAAUUUCGCUUUUAGGCUUCACGUAGACAUUUUGUAGAACUUUGAUUGAUUCUUCGAACGUGGUACACUCACUUAUGUACUGAAAUACGCUCGAAGAAACGUAGUUUUCCAGUAAUUUCUUUUAGUCAAUGUCGCAAUGAGAGACUGAGGAGAUGAAAUUCUCAAAUGUUCUGAGCCAGUGCAGCCACUUCUCGGCAGCCGAUGGCGAGCUAGGCUCUAUGUCCAGCUCUUUUGGCCUAAAUAGACGUUCCAUUUGUAUUACUACUUUUACUUACAGACUGAGAAUAGUGUUGAACGAAAAUCCAAAAAAGAUACGUGAGGCACAUAGAUCCAUGGAAUUGAAAAUUUCUAGUUUAAUAAAUUGUAAUAAGAAAUAAAGGAACACUGAAGAGUAACCUAAAACAAGGCUUUAUUAAACUAGAACGACACAUGAACUGAGGAAAGAGACUUGGACAGUAGCACACUAGAUCAAUGUUAUGAACACAUUCUCACGACGUUACACAAACAUAAACAAAUAGUAACUAUUUCACCACACCAUAGUCGUUCUACGACUGAAGGAGGCCAAUGAUGAUGAAGUCAAGAAAUAAUAAACAAUCCUAUCCGCAUAACAGCGGUAUCAAAUAUAUUCAAUACGUCAAACUCUUCAGAGUAUCUUACAAAUUACGUCCGCAUCUCAGCGGGUAACACUGUACAUAAUAACUAAUAAAAAAACAUGUCUCAAAAGACCACUGGCAACAACUGCCCACAAGCUACUAUCUAACUGAAAUUACUACUCGACUUUUCUAAGUCGCUACUGACCAUUGCGGACCAACAAAUGAUACCACUUGACUGACUUGACUGAACUCCAAGUCAACUUUAUUCAUUCUACUUCCUGUUUUCUACAUCAGGAAUUCCACGUGUCUUUUAAACUCUUAACAUGACGUGAACAUUUAAAUCAUGCAAUGUCAACUGAGACUGUGACAGUACACCAAACAGCCAAAUUUUCUUACAGACCGAUGCCAAAACAGUCCUCUAAAGCUGAAAAACUUUGAUACUUCCUAUUUAUUGCAACUCAGGACAGAACUUGUAAACCUUAAGACAACAGCAAUGAAACUUUUCUUCUAUGGAAUUAGAAAAAAGUUUGAAGAGAAGCAUGAAAGCUUUCACAUUACGAUGUCAAAGCUACUCAAAGAGGAGAAAACACGUACGUUCCUAAUGCUAAAACUCCAGGAGCCUGGAGUGGUGACCCUCACACGGAAUUGUGGCGGUAACAGAAUAGGAAUAUGAGACAAGUUCCCCGCAGUUAGCACUGUACUCGACCACUUAUGGCGAGUGGUAGGAGAGCGGGAACGGUGUGCUGUGUACGCGGCACGGCCCGGUCUGGCUCAGUCAACCGAUAUGGCCGUCUACCGCUGGGAGCCCUCAGACAGGACAGGGGUGAAGAACCCCAUGUCCAGGCCUGGUAGUUGGAUCAAAGCCUUUCUAGCCACCAAGGGGAUAAUGGCGCCUACGCCCCGACGCCCUACUGGACUUCACUGAAGGGAACAUGUGGUAUAUGUGGACUUGCCAUUGGUCUUGGCUGUUCCAUCUUUCUUCUUUUGCUUGUCAUUAUCGUCUUCAUCAUAUGGAGCGGCGCUAGAAGACUUCCGGAAAACAGGAGAACCAGGCAGUGUACGUCAUUGUCGGUGAAAGCAAAGUGGAGCGUAUUGUCCUACGCUUAUUACGACAAGCCUGCGACCUACAUAUCAAGAAUCGUAAAUCUGAAACGCCCAUGGAUUAAGACAACCAAGAGAGGCAAGUGCUCUUAGUAGUACUGUACUGCUCAACUUCAGUAACUCUUAGUUCUGCACUGGUAUACGUUACCAGUGGUAU